CUCAGGACGUCUCCCUUCAGGUGGAACACUGGUACGAAGGAGCGGAUGCUGAUCAAGGUGACAGACAGGGAGCCCAGCUUUUUGGCCCACCAGGGAAAUGGUUACUCCCCCUGCGAUCCCCCCACCCCUGGUCCUCCCUCUGGAGGAGGCACCACCUCACGAACCCGCCGCUCCUCUGGAGGAAACCCGCCUCCAGAACCCGAGGGCUCCCCUGUUCUCUAUGGGGACCGCCGUCAGUCCCCCUUCUUGAAGCGGGCUGAGCUGGGCGGCACCGGCACUCACCGCCGCUCCUCAGCCGACUCCCAGCCUCCCUCACCCCGCUACGCCUACGAACCCCCACUUUACGAGGAGCCGCCUUCAGAGUACCAAUCCCCUCCCAUCUAUGAGGAGCCUCCCACUGACAUGCACCUCUCAGACUCCUCCUCCUUCUACGGCACUGGCAAGUCACCUGCUCGCAAAUCUUCGGCCCCCCUCUAUCACUCCCCCAAGCAAGGCCAGUCGCCCUACGGCCAGCUGGUGCUGACCCGGCAAAAGUGUCCAGAGAAGACCCAGAGUCUGGAGUACAGUCCUGUGGGGAAGGAGUACGUCAAGCAGCUGGUGUAUGUGGAGCAGUCAUCUUCCAGCCCGCGCUUCAAGACAGCCGACCGCCUGCUGCGUUAUGGCACCACGGGGGGCUAUGGUGGCUCAUAUGGGGGGUCCUAUACUCUGCAGCACAGCCAGUCUCUGAUUAGAGACCCCCGCCUACUGCUGGACUACAGUGGGGAGGGGGGAGAGGGAGGCCAGAGGCUGCUUUAUGAGGACUCCAUAUCCUGGACAUCCAGUCAGACCCACUCCCUCUCCUCCUCCUCCACAGGUGGUCCCGGAGCGUUCUCUCCUGGAGGUAACCGCAAACGGAAGAGCCGCAAGCCGUCCCUCCCCCAGGAACUGGCACGCUGCGGGGGCCCGGAAGGAGAGCUGGCAGGCACAGCGUCCGAGGCCAUGCUGGCCCAGGCCCGGCUGGCGUGGGAGGCCCAGCAGGUGAUGAAACAGAGGAGCAGUUGGGACUCUGGGCAGGGUGGGGGGGCGGCCCAGGGCGGUGGCUCCAAAGACGGUUAUGAGAGUGACGGGGCAGUGCCUCUGCCGUUACCGGGGCCAGUGGUGAGGGCGUUCAGUGAGGACGAGGCGCUGGCGCAGAGCGACGGACACCACUGGAAACGCAGCACCUUCGAUCGGCUGGGCUUCCCUCAGGCCCUGCUGGAGAAGAGCCUCUCUGUCCAGACCAACCUGGCCUCCCCAGAGCCUUACCUCCACCCCUCACAG